AUGUCUGGAUUUUCCAGUAACUUAUCAACAAAUGACUCUACCCUGUGGAAAGAAAAUCAUAAUUCGACGGACCUUUUAAAUCUGCCAGGAACUCUGAAUAUCUAUCUGUUUUGCCUGACAUGCUUAAUGACUGUUGCAGCCCUGGCAGGCAGCAUUUAUUCACUAGUUUCCCUGCUGAAAACGCACAACAGAACCGUUGUGUCCAUGCUUGUGGCUUCCUGGUCUGGGGAUGAUCUCAUGAGUGUCCUGUCGGUGACCAUCUUCAUGUUUUUGCAGUGGCCAAACCAGGUCCCUGAUUACUUCCAGGCUCUGUGCACCACCUCUGCCUUACUAUAUUUAUGCCAGGGCCUCUCGAGCAACUUAAAGGCGACUCUCCUAGUCUCCUACAACUUUUACUCGAUGCACAGGGCUGUGGGGAGCCAGGCAGCCUCCAGAAGAUCCGGCCAGGUGCUCGGCGUGGUGCUGACCGUGUGGGCAGCCAGUUUGCUGCUCUCGGCGCUCCCGCUGUGCGGCUGGGGCACCUUCGUGCGCACGCCGUGGGGCUGUCUGGCGGACUGCUCCAGUUCCUACGUGCUGCUCCUCUUCGCUGUGUACUCUUCGGCCUUCGGACUCCUCGCCGGCCUCUCUGUCCCGCUCACUCACCAGUUGCUGUGUUCGGAGGAGCCGCCGAGGCUCCACGCCAACUACCAGGAGAUUUCCCGCGGAGCUUCCACUCCUGGGACCCCUCCAAGUCGGGGGGGAGUGCUUUCCUUGUCUCCAGAUGAUGCUCCCGGCCCUGCGCUGCGCUGUUCUGGGGGAUGCUCCCCCAGCUCCGACACUGUGUUUGGACCGGGUCCACCAGCGAGGGCACAGCUGGGGCAGGGGCCGGGACACGAGGCUGCCGCUGUGGUUGGAGCCUGCAGGCGUGAGAACCGGGGGACUCUCUAUGGCACCAGGAGCUUCACCGUGAGCGUAGCGCAGAAGCGCUUCUCUUUGAUCCUAGCGCUGACGAAAGUCAUCCUUUGGCUGCCCAUGAUGAUCCACAUGAUGGUCCAGCACGUGGUAGGGUUUCAGAGCCCUCCCUUCGAGACACUCAGCUUUCUACUAACCCUGCUGGCCACCACUGUAACCCCAGUGUUUGUCUUGUCCAAACGCUGGACCCAUCUGCCCUGUGGCUGCAUCAUCAACUGUAAGCAGAACGCAUAUACAGUGGCAUCUGAUGGGGAAAAAACCAAGAGGAGAGGCUUUGAAUUCAAUCUGUCAUUCCAAAGGAGUUAUGGGAUUUACAAAAUAGCACGUGAAGAUUACUAUGAUGAUGAUGAAAAUUCUACAUCCUAUCACAAUCUCAUGAAUUCUGAAUGCAAAACUACAAAAGACUCUCAGAGAGACACUCAUAAUAUCUUUAAUGCCAUAAAAGUGGAAAUCAGCACCACACCCUCUCGGGACAGUUCUGUACUAAAAGGGAUCAACAAAUGCACAAAUACUGAUAUUAUGGAGGCUAAACAGGAUUGCCACAGUGGAAAGGGUGUUGAUCCACUGAUUUCUGAAGAAACAGGAGGUGAUACAAACUAUGAAGAAACCACCUUUUUGGAAGGGCCAGAAAGAAGACUUUCUCAUGAGGAGAGUCAGAAGCCAGACCUUUCAGACUGGGAAUGGUGUAGGAGUAAAUCAGAAAGAACCCCUCGUCAGCGUUCUGGUGGUGCCCUUGCCAUUCCCUUGUGUGCAUUCCAGGGGACUGUGUCUCUCCAAGCACCUACAGGGAAAACCCUAUCUCUUUCUACCUAUGAGGUAAGUGCUGAAGGACAAAAGAUAACCCCAGCCUCUAAGAAAAUAGAAGUCUAUCGAUCCAAAAGUGUUGGCCAUGAACCAAACUCAGAAGACUCUCCCUCCACAUUUGCGGACACCAGUGUGAAAAUACACUUGGAAGUUCUUGAAAUUUGUGAUAACGAAGAAGCCUUGGAUACCGUGUCAAUCAUUAGCAACAUCAGCCAGUCCUCUACACAGGUCAGAUCUCCAUCCCUACGCUACUCGAGGAAAGAAAACAGAUUCGUUUCUUGUGAUUUAGGGGAAACAGCCUCAUACUCUCUCUUUUUACCUACAAGUAAUCCUGAUGGUGAUAUCAACAUCUCCAUUCCGGACACUGUUGAAGCACACAGGCAGAACAGUAAAAGGCAGCAUCAAGAGAAGGAAGGCUACCAGGAGGAAAUCCAGUUGUUAAAUAAAGCUUACAGAAAAAGAGAGGAAGAAGGCAAGGGUAACUUGUGA